GACAUCGACUCGGUGCACGCCGCCGACCCGCUGCACGCCACCGAGUUUGUGGCAGACAUCUUCUCGUACUACAAGAGGGUGGAGCCGCAGCUGCGCGUGGCGCCCGACUACAUGACGCGCCAGACCGACAUCAACGACAAGAUGCGGGCCAUCCUCGUCGACUGGCUGGUGGACGUGCACCUCAAGUUCAAGCUGAUGCCUGAGACGCUCUACCUCACCGUCAACCUCAUCGACCGCUUCCUGGAGGCCAAGCAGGUGACGCGCAAGCACCUGCAGCUGGUGGGGGUGACCGCCAUGCUGGUGGCGUCCAAGUACGAGGAGAUCUGGGCGCCCGAGGUGCGCGACUUUGUCUACAUCUCCGACCGCGCCUACACGCGCGACCAGAUCCUCAACAUGGAGAAGAUCAUGCUCAACUCGCUGCGCUUCAACCUCACCGUGCCCAGCAUCUACAACUUCCUGGGCCGCAACUUCAAGGCGGCGGGCGUGGCGGACAACAAGGAGGUGACCCAGCUGGCCACCUACCUUGUGGAGCUGUCCAUGGUGGACUAUACCACGCUGCAGUUCCCGUACUCCAUGCUGGCCGCUGCGGCAGUCUACUCCGCGCAGCUGGCGGUGGGCGCCUCCGACCCCUUCUCCCACACCCUGUCCCGCCACUCCGGCUACACCCUGGACGCCAUCAAGGACUGCUCCCUGCACCUGGGCGCCCUGUGGCGCAAGGCAGCCAACUCCUCGCUCACCGCAGUGCAUAAGAAG